AGAAUACGUACAGUACAUUUGACCGCACCUUCACCGUUCAGACCCAAAUGCUGUGGGAGUAGGAACUAAAUAACAAAUUUAUGUCGUUGUUUUUGGUCUGAUAUGUCAAGCAGGAUGCCUGUAUCUCAAGGCCAGCUUAAGCUGGCUGAAAAGCUAUCUAUUCUGAAUGAACGUGGCUCAGGAAUGCUUGCAAGAUUAUACAACAUAAAAAAGGCUUGCCAGGAUCCAAAGUCUCGUCCCGCAUUCCUCUCUGAGAAGAGUCUGGAAUCAUGUCUCAAGAGUAUCGUCAAAAAAUUUCCUCAUACGGAAAAGAACUCACAUGGCCAGCUGAGUCCCAUAGACACCAGGAAAGCAGAGAUUCUCAAGGUGCUCAGUGUAUACUACAUGACAUUCAGAGAUAUCUUAGAAUACAAGGAUCAUGUCUCUGAAUUAAUGACGGUUAUAGCAACAUGCAACACCAACCUGGAUAUUACAUGUAACUUUGACAUGACCAGGAACUACCUAGACCUCAUCGUGAAGUAUGUCUCCAUCUUACUCCUGUUGGCCAGGGUGGAAGACAGGAAAGCCAUGCUGGGCCUCUACAACACAGCCUAUGAUCUAGCCAAUCAAAGAAGUGAGCCCUCGUUUGCCCGUCUUGGAACCAUGAUCAUGGAGUACGAGCAUCCAAUGAAGAAGCUUGCAGAGGAAUUCAUCCCGUUGGAGAGAUGUGUAGCCUCGGCUCUGUUCUCACUCCUCCACCUCUACCCACGUCGUAACCUGACAGCCGAGCAGUGGAGGUCACAGGAGAUGCUUAGCCUGGUAGCCAAGCCUAACGUCCUUCUCAAUCCAGCCCAAAGUGAAACGAUGAGAUGUGAAUAUCUGUCCCUUGACAAGCUGGAGAGGUGGAUAAUAAUUGGAUUCAUGGUAUGCCCCACCCUCCUGACUACCAAUGAGCGAGCCCUAGCCUUGUGGCGCCCCGCCCUCCAGAGCUCUUACUGUAUCACAUUGUGUCGAGAUGAGGUCUUGGUCUUCCACAAAUACAUUGAGGUCUUCUUCACUUCCAUCAAAGGAUUUAGCAAGAAAGCUCAAGAAGUGAAGGAUGCUGCUACCCAUGCACUGAGUUAUGCUCCGGGCCUUCACAAAGAACGAAGAAAGUUCCUGAGAACAGCUCUCAAAGAACUCAUCACCAUCAUAACAGAUCAGCCAGGGCUACUGGGGCCAAAGGCUUUGUAUGUCUUCAUGGGUCUUGCGUUUGCUCGCGAUGAGAUCCUUUGGCUUGUAAGACACACUGAGCACCCUCACCCUAAGCUUAAGAACAAACCUGUCAUGGAGGACCUGGUGGAUCAUCAUCUGCCGGAACUGCUCUUCUACAUCGAAGAGCUACGUGCCAUUGUGAGGAAAUACUUCUAUGUGCUCCAAGACUACUACAUCCAGUAUCUGAAUGGAUAUGAUGCUAUUGUGCUCAACAACAUUGUCAAGAGUUUAACCAUGUGUCCGGAAGAUGAAUCCAUCAUCCUAUCAUCGUUUGUACAGACCCUUGAAUCACUCAGCAUCAAAAAUGUGAAAGAAGGUCCUCAGCCAGACUUCACUGGGUUCCGUCUGGACUGGUUCCGCCUCCAAGCCUACACCAGCAUCAGCCGUGCUACCCUGGUCCUAGGGGAUAACACCGAGCUAGCCAGGACCAUGAACACCAUCAUCUUCCACACACUGAUGGUGGAUGCAGCGGAUGAGGUUCUUCAGGAGACAUCGGAUCUUAGCAUCUUCUGUCAUCACAGCCGUAUCUUUGAGAAGAACUUUGAGAUGUCCUUGGGCUACCCCACCCAGUCUCGCUUUGCGGUUGCUUUCCCCCUCAUCUGCGCUCACUUCAUUAACUGCACGCAUGAGCUGUGUCCUGAGGAGAGAUUCCAUGUUGGAGAGCGAAGUCUAUCAGUGACCAAUGCUUUCCUUGACCGUCUAGCUAAGGAGGUCAAGGAUGUAGUGACCAGAAUCUGCUCUGAGCAGUGUAACCUAAGUGACCAGCUUCUGCCGAAGAAUGCUGCCCCCCUGCACAUCAAGCAUGAACUGCAGCGUAAGACCAAACAGAACGUGGAUAAGAAUCGCUUGAAGACACUCCAAGAGAAUCCUAUGCCUGGGACUGAGAGCUUCAGGAAAACCAGAGAAAACUUGACAGAGUUUGAUCGUCUUCACAUCUCACUGUCUGAGCUGUGUACAGCCAUCAACUACUCUGCUAAGAUCAUGGUUUGGGAACACACGUUUGCCCCAAGAGAGUACCUCAUCCAGCAUCUGGAGGCCAGGUUUGCCAAAGCCCUUGUAGGGAUGAUGAUGUAUAGCCCUGAGACUAAUGAGAUAGCUAAACCUUCGGAGCUUCUCACCAGUGUUAGGACCUACAUGAAUGUCCUGCAGAGCAUCGAGAGCUAUGUCCAAGUUGACAUCACGCGAGUGUUCAACAACGUGAUGCUUCAACAAACUCAACAACAAGACAGUCAUGGAGAGAAGACUAUCACCAUGCUCUACACAAACUGGUAUCUAGAGGUGUUCCUACGCAAGGUAACCACCUGUCACAUCAUCUACUCUCCGCAUCAGAAGGCAUUUAUCAGUCUGGCUCCAGACAAACAUCUACCAUUCAAUGCUGAGGAAUACACCGAUGUCACAGAGCUGAGAUCUCUAGCAGAGCUGAUCGGAGCCUAUGGAAUGAAGUUCCUUCAUGAGAGUCUCAUGUGGCACAUUGCUAGUCAGAUGGGAGAACUCAAGAAACUGGUCCUUGAGAACCGUGAAGUAUUGACCCAGCUGAGAACCAACUUUGACAAGCCGGACGUCAUGGCCCAACUCUCAGUCCAACUCAAACAUAUAGAUAACUUGUUGAUGCGUCUGAACAUCAUCGGUAUCAUCCUUGCCUUCAAGGCUCUCACACAAGAGGCUCUCAGUGAUGUCCUGGCUCGCAGGGUGCCGUUCCUGUACAGUGCUAUCAUAGACUUCAAGGAGCAUGUGAGAGCAGCGGGACAGGACGCUAUCGUUGUGGACACUCUAGCUAACAGUGUUGGUCUCCCCUGCAAUGUAGACCCAGUCCUGGUCAGUGCUCUGCGCUCUGAGAAAGAGAUUGAUCCAGACCAGGACUACAUCCAGUCCUGUCUCCUGAUGGUGUUUGUCGCCGUCUCCCUCCGGACCCUAGCCCGCCAGGAGGGUACCAUCUACCACCCCAUGUACGACGCCCAUCCCAACAACUGUCACUGCUAUGCCAAGGCUAUCAAUGCCAUCGCCGGAGCACUCUUCUCCCUGCACGGCAGGGGGGAUGUGGAGGAGAGACUUCAAGAAUUCCUUGCUCUGACCUCAUCUAACAUGCUCCAUCUUGGCCAAGAGACUGACAAGGCCAUCACCGUCAAGGGUCGCGAGUCUCUUCAUCUCCUCCUAGACCAGAUUGUGAAAGAAUCACCAUUCCUGACUCAGGACCUCCUUGAGUCUUGCUUCCCAUAUGCUCUCUUGAGGAACGCAUACCACACUGUCCUGAAGAGGGAUUAAACCAUCUCUUCAAUCCCUAUCUCUGUCCCAUACGCUCUCUUGAGGAAUGCAUACCACACUGUCCUGAAGAGGGAUUAAACCAUCUCUUCAAUACCAAACAAAUCUUGGUAUGGAAUAACACCAUGUUAGGACUCAAGACUUAAUAGAACCCUGCUUCCCUGUAUACACUUGAACCCUAUCUCUCUAAUCAGAAGGGAAGUUGGUAUGAAGUUACAUCCCGUCAGGACUCAAAACAUAUCAGAAUUCCCUUUAUGCGGUCUUUAGGAAUUAAAUCCCUGUCUCUAUACCAAGAAGAGUUCUGUUGUAAUGGUAUGCCCUUGUAAAACCUCCAAGAAUCUUGCUUCCAUAGUUGUAUCCUGUGGCCCAAUUUCUGUACAUAGAAGGGAACUUGGUAUGAAGCUUCAACAUUGUAAGACUGACCUAGAAUCCUGUUUCCCCAAAAUAUCUUUUAAAGAACAUCUAUCACACUGUCCUGGAGAGAGAUAAAGCGUUUUCCUUGAGCCACACCAUUUAGUCUGCCCCUCCUCCCAGAACUCUGUACCCCCAAAGACCUAAAGGGUUUCAAUGCUAAGGCCAGUUCCUGUGUCCUCCUCUGGACCGGGCUGGUGUACUGACUUAAGAAGAAGUCCUGAAGCCCCUCUUUCUGACCAAGAAGGAACCAUGUUAUGAAGUUACAACCUUGUAACAUCUAAAAUCCUAUAUCCCUGAUGAAGAAGAUCUACCACACUUGUAUGGAAAAAAGUUGAGUUGUGUCUUGUAUUACAAGAAAUAACAUGGGUAUUAAUUACACCCUUGUAGGACAAGAGACUUGAUUUUACAGUCGUCCUCCAUUUUACAGCCAUCAUGUAGGGAUUGGGGUUGGUUAUUGCAUGGUGAACCAAAAAUGCUGUAGAGCUUUGCUAGCUGUGUAAGAGCUAUGAGUUCCUGUUUCCCUGAAGAGACAUUGUUUAUUUUCAAAAUGAAAUAUGUUUAUAGUGUGUAUAUGAAGGAUAGUCAGUAGUUAUAUGUAUAUAGAGGCCAACAUUGUAGUCUGCAUUUUUUACAGAAUUUCAUUAUGAUUAUUCAUAUUUCUUUCUUAGAUACAUGUAAAUACAUUGUAUCUGAAUAAUUUGUACAUGUCUAUUGAGAUUAGAGUAAGUGAAUAUUUAAUCUGAUUUUGUAAUCUCUAUCAUCUAUAUCCUAAUUUUGAUCAGUAACUGAUGAAGGGUUAGAGAAGCUUUACAUUUUUAAUUCAAACACUUUUCAAGCGUCUCAUUGAUGAUGUAUUUAGAUAGACCAUGGAGUUCUGUAUGUAUGAUUGGGUGUUUAUCUGGGGUGAAUAUUGGUGGGAAUGGAUGUAUUGAUAUACUUGUGAAUAAACCUAAUCAUAAAAAGAGAAGUACGUAAGUUUUGCAGUUAGCAGUGGCAUUCUGAUAUAUAACAGGAAAUUACGGAAACGGAGCCAUUCAUGUACCGGUACACUUAUGUCCUUUGGCAAGAUAUGAAUCUACAUUUGCCACUCUCCACCCAGGUGUUAAAUGGGUACCGGUAGGAAGGAAUCGGUAGCAUAGCAUAGCAGAGCUGGGGUAAUAUUGGAGCACCUUGAGCACCUUGCAUGGUGGAUAUGUGCACUACAAAAAAAAUAUCCAAUAUUAUUAUUAAAGUUCAUACCAUGUACCCUCUUUACUUGAUGUACCCUAUUAUUUACACUUCUAAUAAAUUGCUUGUAAAGAAUACUGAUUAUUCUAAAACAAGUAUGUUGAGUGAAAGCUAGUCAUUCAAGUAAUUGUCUCACUAGGUAAGGUAUGUAUGGCUGGCAGUAGUACAUGCAAAAUUGCACAAUGGUCAAAAUAUAUCCAUAUUCAGAUGCACAAAUAUCACACUAUAUCCACAUUAUAUAAGUAUGUACAUGGCUAUAAUUAUUAUUUCCCAAAAAAGUAGUAUUCGUGUAUGAACAUCUGCAAAUCUUACAUUAGCCUUUGAAUUUAUUGUUGAUAUUCUAUGUAUGCAGUACAAUAAUGUAUUGAAAUUGCUUACCGGUACAAUGAAAUUUAGGGAACUGUUUUGGACUGAACUUAUAAUGGGUAAAUGAAGAUGGCUUGGUUGGCCAGUGAAAAUUGAGUGGUGACAAUUCUUUUAUGCUUGUGCUUUCAAAUAUAUUUAUUAUAUUCUAGUUGUUUGUAUGUACGUUGAGCAUAAUCAUGAUUAUUACACAUUGUACAGAGGAAAAUAUAGAUGCUUUUGUAUGAGCAUGGGUACGAUAUAGCAUGAUUUUAUAGCAACAGCAUGGAUUACGAUGAUCCAUGGUAGAUAAAGGCAUUCCUGUGUUUCUUAAUACCAGUAUAUGUUUUUGUUUCCCAGUCGAACACACCAUGACAUAAUACUGUCUGUUCAGAGUGUUGAAGUAUAUGAGGUAACUCACUUCUGGUUCUAAACAGGCAUUAAUAUCUUCUAGUCAUUACUUUCCACUGCUCUAUGCUAAAGCGAAAAUUGUUUUGAUUGUACCAAUGGAGCUUUUGUGAAGUAAUUGAUUAAUACACAAAGCUGUGGAUGUCUCGUUUCUUAUCUUCUACAUGUACCAAGCGUAAUUAUUUUCAAUUAAUUUAUAAUUUUGGUGACAUAAUUUGAUUAUUAAUCUUAACACAAUGAUUUGUCCAUUAUUUGAAAUAAUUGUGCUGCAGAUUUUUUUUUUUACUGCCAUGAAUAAAGAGAUUUAUGGUCAUGAAAAAACAAUGAGUAAUAUUACAAAGUACUUUAUGUUUGUGCCAUAGUUAUUUGGCCUCAGAGUUUUGUUGCUAAGGCCAAAGUAAACCACCACAAAUAUCUAUAGUGGUAUGGUCCCUUUAUCAUACUUCAAAUGUAAUCAGAUUAUGUAAUGACAUUCUAUGAUCCCACCUAAAAUGUGAUAUUUUAACUUUCAAAGGUAAACAUAUAUUAAGAUACCCUUUACAAACAUAUUACUGUUCCUCAUAUGAAUGUUGCUGCCACAUCAAAUAUAUAGGGUAUUAGUGUGAUACCAAGCUCUGAAAAUGCAUGUGUAACUUCUGAAGCUUUGACACUGCACCAUACAGGCAAGUUCUAGUGUGUAUCACAUUUGUAUUCUUGAUUUAAUCACAUGAAAUAAUUAUCUAGCGGACAAGUCACCCAUUUCAAUGAUAUUAGACAGCUCAAUUAAGAAAUCAGCACACAUUAUAGACAAGAUUUACUUGUCCAGAUAUAUUUAUAUUGAAAUAUUUACACAGGAUAUUCUUAUGUAUAAAUUCAUCAACUAAAAGAAAUUUAGGUGUGCAUUUGUAUACAGACUUAGCAUUAUAAAGGUAUGGAGUAUACUCUUCAAGAUAAUUAUAUUUGUACCUAGUAUAUAGAUAAUGUACCCUCUUUAGGAGAAUAAUAUUGGUUAUAAAAAUAUCAAUUUUUAAAA